ACGAGAGGUUCAGUUAAAUAAUGUUAAGUGUCGUUGAUCCUGAGCUGCGACGUCUGAGCUUUAAACGAGGAGAAUGAAAGAGUUCAGGAAGAUGUUGACAUCUUAAAGUGUUUUCACAUCGUCUCUGAACGCGGGAGAAGACGCAGAAGAUGAUGCAGAGCGACAUGGAGACGCCCUUGACGCCCUUCUCUGCCUCCAAAGCCUUGGAGCCUCUGCCGAUAGGCCCCGUGAUCGGCAUCAUCGGCUCAGGAGACUUAUCCCGUUCCCUGGCGAUCCGGCUGGUGGCCUCUGGUUUCAGGGUGGUGGUGGGCAGUCGAGACCCGGACCGCGUCCCCGGGGAUCUGUUUCCCGAUGGGGCGGAGGUGUGGUCGCAGAGGGAGGCGGUGGACAGCGCAGAGAGGGUGGUGUUCGUCGCGGUCUACCCUGAGCACUACUACACCCUGGCGGGGCUGAGGGAGCGGCUGGCCGGGAAGGUGCUGGUGGACGUUAGCAACGCCACCACGCUGAACGGCGAGCAGUCAAACGCUGAGAGGCUGGCGGAGAUGUUCCCAGAGAGCAGGGUGGUGAAGGCGUUCAACGUCAUCUCUGCGUGGGCGCUGCAGAAUGGAGCCUACGAUGGAAGCAAGCAGGUCCUGAUCUGCAGCAACUGCUCCGUCUCUAAAGACACGGUGGUCCAGCUGGCUCGCCGCCUGGGCUUCAGCCCCGUCGAUAUGGGGGCCCUGUGCUCCUCUCGGAGCAUCGAAGAGGCUCCGCUCCUCCUCUUCCCCCCCUGGUCGGGCCCCGUCUUGGCCACCUUCCUCCUCUUCCUCUUCUUUUACGGAUACAACUUCCUGAAAGGCGUGCUGCUGCCCUACCUCGUUCACGGGGAGAACAAGUUCUUCAAGCUCCCGAUGAUCAUGGUGAACGAGACGCUGCCGGCGGUCGCCCUGGUUACGCUGGCUCUGGUCUACCUGCCAGGUCUGCUGGCGGCUGUCUUUCAGCUCAGCAGGGGAACCAAAUAUCAGAGAUUUCCCGGUUGGCUGGACUUCUGGAUGUGCAGGAGGAAGCAUCUCGGCCUGCUGAGCUUCCUCUGUGCCGCGCUGCACGCCGUGUACAGUAUGUGUCUGUCGCUGCGGAGGUCUUCAGGGAAAUCACUGCUGACUGCUGAUUACCAGCAGGUGGGAUCCGGGGCAUCGGAGAUGGUUUGGAGGGCUGACCUUUACCUGUCCUGUGGGAUUCUGGGAUUAGGAGUCCUCUCGCUGGUGGCGAUUACAUCUCUUCCCUCUGUUGGAAAUACUCUCAACUGGAGGGAGUUUACGUUCGUUCAGUCAGGACUUGGUUAUACCGCCUUAACUCUCUCCAUCAUGCACACGCUCUUCUUCGCCUGGGACUUUCCCUUCUUCGCUAAGGCCUACCCUUAUUACCUCCCGCCGGCGUACCUGCUGUCCCUCAUCCUGCCCUGCGUCGUCCUGGUCGGACGGAUCCUCUUGGCUCUGCCGUGUCUGGCGAUUCGGUUGGCGAAGAUCCGCAGAGGCUGGGAGAGCGCACGACACCGACCCGUAAACACCCAGGGGCAAACGGAGCCUUCCCAAAACUUCAGUGACUGCUAGUGUUCCUGAUUUGUAAGGGAAACCAGUCUGGACUGGACCACAUGGACAAAAUCAAAUACCAAAUACCUCAAUAUUGAUGUUGACUACGGGUGCUUUCACAAAAUAUUUACAUAAUGAGAUUUUUUGAUAAAUAAUCACCAGUAAUGUAGAUAUAACAGAGCAGUCUGAGAAUUACAUAACUUCACUGUAAUAACAACCUUUAAAAGCAGGAAUAGAAAACACUUACACCACUUCCUCUGUGCUUUUAGAGGUUGCAGUCGGACAUCAAGUCAUGACUGCAGCCUUCCUCCUUUACACUAACAGGAAGAAGAGAGAAAGUGACAAUGAGUGUAGAAACGUCACCUGAUACAGUCGUAGGGGCCCCAAGAGAUGCGACUCAUAGCGUGACGCGUGAACGGAGCUUUAAUUCUGACACUUUUUAUUUUCAUAAAACUUACUUGCAGACAGUCUUCUAAUCAACAAAGAGCAUCUCCGUCAGGACAAAUACUCCAGACCACUGACAAGAGGAAAGUGUUGUAUAACUGAACUCUUCAUAUGUUUGGUUGAGGCUGCAGAAAGCAGAUGUGCACUUUAAUGGUCCUGAAGGUAAAAAAGACUCUUUGAACACUUUAUUACACAGAAAUGAUGCCAUGCACUUUCACAAAUCUAUCUAUUUAUCCUCCUAACACACAAAUAAGCCUUAAUACCAGUGGUGGACAUCAGGUACAUUAACCAUAGUACAGUUCUGAGGUUCUGCUUGUUUACUGUUUUCACUAUAUUUCAGAGAGAAUAAUUGUUCUUUUUACUCCACUUCAUUUAUCUGACAGCUUUAGUUACUUUACAGAUUCAGAUUUUUUUGCACAAAAUGUAGGAUCAGUUUGUAAAAUAUGCAGUUUUGUCUCUAAAUCAGAGGUUUUCAAACCGUGAGCAGGACAGCGAGGAGCGAGAGACGAGGACACUACACCUAGAGUAGCCACCUACACCUCAAGACCUGGUGACAUAAUUGCAGGGACAAGCAUGUAAAAGGGUUUCAUCCGUCUUUCUUUCACACGGAGCGAGAGAACCAAUCACACAAAAGACUCCGCCGAUGACGUAUUUGAAUCUGCGACUUGUUUACGGUUGCCUUGCCAACGCUUUCGCAGGUGAUUUGUCUCACAAACUUGUUGAAAUAUUAAAUACAUCACAACAACACUGACACCGGAUAAAAAAAACAGCUGGUCACCGUCAUGUUCUUUGAAGAUAAUAAGAGACAUCAUCUUCUUCUUCUGUUGAGUGGUAUAGUUAUUGACAUCCAUAAGUGUUGCAUCACCGCCACCUGCUGGACUCUCCCUCGCCCACCGUCUGUUCCGGCAUUGCCAUGUUAUAUCGAAAGCGCAAAACCUCCAAUCUGCAGAAUGUUCUGAUUGGUGGAUUUCACUUUGGAUGAUGAGAACGAGGAAGGCUGCUCAUAUUCAGUCAGUCUGCGAGAUAAUCAAGAUAAUCAAGAUAAUCCCGCCCUUUGAUGUGACAGAAAAGUCACACAACAAAACAAAAACACAACACAGAGUCCCUGGAUGUGUAGAGAAGCUGCAGCACCAAUCACUGAACAUUCAUGUCCAGAGGACGAGGAAGCAAAUACACUGAAUUUAAGGAAUUCUGACCCUAGUUUACUACAAUGCUACAAUUGUUAACACAUAAUAUAAUAAUAGAGUCCAAAAACAGUGUAUUAUGUGUUGGGUAUCCUUAACAAACAGCAUUC